AGAUAUGAUAAAGAACGCAGGAUUUUAUUUUUAAAAUUCAAAAUUACCUUCAUGUAGUCCCUUCAAACGACUAUCCAAGAUCAAACCAAUGAUACCGUCUUAUGUUCCCUUUAAAACCAUAUAACUUUUGUCUCAAACAUUUGUUUCUAAAACGCAUAGUUUUUGAAGCGUUUAGGGUUUCCAUACUUUUUCCUCACCCUGUACAUUAGACCGUAUAAUAUAUAUGUAUUUGUUAUCCCCGAGUCUCUCUCCGUGUAUCAAAGGACGGAGAAUUAAUUUGAUCCCCGUUAAUGGAAAAUAACCGAGUGAAUCGAUGCCCUCUCGUUGCAGUUGUUUGUGCCGCCGGAUUGAAAAAAAGCGCUGUUUUUCUGCACGUGCUCCUAGUUGUCUAUCUCAUUGCAAGGUGGCGCCGCGAAGCCCUGAUAAGAGCUCCAGCUCCAGACUCGCUUUGUAUAUAUAUAUAGACGUCUGAUCUGAAUAUUCAGCGCAAAUUCACGUGCUGAUUCACGGGCUGUCGCCUGGUUUGUUGCACGAUUGGAUUAAGCCAAGCCGAGGUCGCAGCCUGUUCGGGGGAAUCACCGCGGUUUCGACGGACGACAGACCGCGUAUGAUGAUAGAGUACCUUGAGCGAUCUUGUCGUUGCGUGGGCCGUCGUCUGGCAAGUGGCUCUUCGAAUCCACUGUCAAUAAAAACAUAAACUCUCCAACACAGCAUUUCUCGCCGGGACUUGGCGCUCAGCGGUUUGUCAACAUGAAGGAGGUACCGGAGAACAACGGCAAUUCCGAGUGGCCAGCCGUGAUCGGGGCGCUAUUGGACACCUUGGACGACAAGAACCAAGAUGUACGGCGGUCCGUGGUCGGGUCGAUCGAGAGAAUCAGCAGGAAGAAUCCCGAGGUCGUCAUCCAUGCUGCCGUAUACUUCUGGGAGCUGCAUAAAAAGAUCUCCGCGGAGCACAUGGCGUCCCUGUUGAACAUAAUAUCCAGCGUAUGCAGGCACUCGGCUACGAGUCUAAGCGUAGAUGUAGUGUCCUCCCUCGCCGAGGUGGCGGUGAACGAGUUAAUAGGCGAGACCGAGAACGAGGCGGCCGAGCUGUUGAUCGAGCUCUGCAAGAUACACUGCAUGCAGGCUACGGGUGGGCUUUUAACCAAAUUGGAGCCCGGGGUGAUUCCCAAUGCUGCGAUAAUUUUUACAAUAGGGAAACUCGCGGCAGCCAAUCCGUACGGAAUGCUGUCCUUCGUUAAGAUAACGUUGACCAUUAUGUUACCGAUGCUGAAUCAGAUACGCGAGGAAGUUCUCAAACAGGCAAUUUGCUUCAUGAUUUCCAAGUUUUGCGAGGCUAUAAACGACUACAUAAUGAACGGGGAAGACUCGAGUAUGGGAAUUAAUAAGCAGACAUUUGUGGAAGAGAUUUGUUCCGUCUUCGACUUUCUGACGCACAACUGGCUGAAAACGUCUCGCGAUUCCAAAUCAACGGAAGCUAUUUUAAUGACACUCGUGCCUAUGGUAUCUUUGCUGCCCGUGCAACAGGACGGCGAGAGAAUUGUAAAAUUGAUACCCGUGUGUUUGAGUCUCUGUAAGAAGCAAAAUAUUCGUUUAGCUGCCGUAAGAGUUUUAGCUGUGACUUUAAGUUCUGUCGAGACUGAAAACGACAAGGAGGCAAUCCGCCCAUUUAUGGAGAGUAUCCACCAAAUUCUGUCCGAAUUCGUUAGUAUUUGUCCCUUCGAGGCAGCUCGGGAUGCGGUUCUUACGCAUUACGAAGUGCUGCAGUGCUCCAGAUCGUUGGUAGUCUUGUACCCGGAAGAAGGUCUCGAUAGAAUCUUGCAGCAGUUGAAGUCACCGGUAACCAAUCAACGCGCUCGUGCUUUAGUGGUCCUCAGGCACCUCAUAAACACCCUUCCGCCAGAGGACGAUGGAUCUCUGCAGAGAAUCGCGCUCAGCUUGCAGGAAUCCCUCGGGGAGAAUGGCGCACUCCAAAUGGUCGGUGCUAUAGUGGCGCUCGCGGCACGGCCGACCUUUCCUCUCUUGCCGUCGCAGAGGGCUAGAUUUGUUCGCUAUAUGGUGUCGCACUGUGAGACGAAGAGUGACGAUAUGGAGGCAUGUUCCGAAGCUUUGUAUCUGCUCGCAACGACGGUCGACGGGGUCGAAUCUUGGCUGUGGCCGUGUUUGAUAAGCGCAUUGCUGGACUCGGCUUGCGUGGCAUCCGUCACAUCCGUGUUACGUUCAUUGUCUCCGUUAGCGGCGAAAAUAAUACGCGAUGAAAAUUCUUCGACAAACGAGAGGGAUUUUCCUGGCACGAAAGUUUUAGGCAGAUGCCUGGAAUUGUUAAGCAACCCGGCUAAUCGAUCCGCGGUAGUGGCCUUCUUAAAAUCGGCAGCGCCUUUGGUGGGACACCGGGUGAAAUCUUAUUGGGACGAGAAGCUACUGGAGCUCUCGCAAGAACUCUCGCAAGAUGAACAAAAUAGCUCUCGGAAAAAUUCUAAAGAAGCGAAAGAAGCCAUGCAAUGGGAUUCAACAUGGGAAGAAAAGGUUGUAGAGUGGUUAGAAGAAAGCGUGAAACUGGAAGGGGAGUCGUGGGGCGCAAAACUCGCUGACGAACUCGCGUUGAAGGCAAACACGCCGGGCGUAGCGCUGCUCUUGGCAGCUACGUGCAGUAACAACGCUCACAUCACCCUGCUCGUCGAGCUCGCGCGUUCUCACGGCACUACCAAGGAAUUCGCGCAGGCGGUCGGCAUCUGCGCCAAACGGCAUCUGAGUAUCGUGCUGAAAUUAAUGGAGGAGUUUUGCACCGUCGAGGAUGCCAGGAAGGCCCCAGUGAGGUUGCUAGGUUUCGUGAAGGACGCAAAGGCCGCUGCUACCGCCGAGGCUGCAAAAGCGGGUCUAUUACAUUCCUACGCCGAAAUUGCUAAAAAGGGGGAUCCGCAGGAACUUUUCCCCGUGUUCGAAAAGCACGUGUUACCUUGGACUAUUAAGCAGUUGCACGAAUGUAAGGAACUGUCCACGAAGGAAGCAGGAUUGUCAGUCUUGGAACAAGUGGCCAACGCUGUUCAUCCCACCAGAUUGCCCGAAUCUAACGGCCUGCGUGCAAAGGCCACUGCUCUGGCAACUUUGUUGGGAAUUUUGCAGUCGUCAACUGGAUACAGACCUCUGCAGCUUUAUCCGGCAAUAUUGAAAGCAGCAAACUCUUUAAUAUGUAUACCGCCAGCAUUAAAUAACGAGGAAAGAGAGCUCUUCCUCAGUGCAGUACUGGAUAAGACAAUUAACGCUAGUUCAGAGAUCGCCUUACAAUUACAUCCAGAAGUAAUGCAGCAAGUCGUGGACGAGCUGGGAACCGUGUCUAGCGAAAUUGUAUCCGAUUCGGCGGACGCGCUAGCUGAGCUGGUUGACAUAUUGCUACCCUGGAUGCAGUCCAAGUCGAAUGUGGAGAGAAGAACUACUCUGAUGGUGCUGCAUACAGUGCUCCAGUCUUAUUAUAAUUCUUUAAAAUAUACAUAUCCAGGUGGCAAGUUGGAUGCCGGAAAACUAGUAGGAAGAACUUUAUGCUGGUGUGCAGACACCGAGUUCGCGUUGAGGCCGCUGGCGAUAGAUUGUAUGCUUCUCACUUUGAACAUCGCAGCCCGUCAUCGGCAUAUAUUACCUGAUAAUACCUUGAGUGAAAACAUACAACAAAUAAAGAAGGAACUUAUGAUUGAAGACUCAUCAGUGUCCUAUGGAGCCGUCCAAAGACUGGCUAAUGCGGUAUCGCAGAAAAUCCCUAACGGCGAGAUAGUUAGCUUGGCGGAGGGUUUAAUAGAAGGCUUGCUAUUCUACGGAGAAGCGAGCCUGGUAGCAGGAAUAGCUCUCUCGCAACAUUUUCAAAUCAAAGGGUCGGAGAUAGCCAGGAUCGACGUUUGCUUAGUCGACAGUAUCAUUGCGCAAAUGAGACAAAUGGAAAACACGAGCUGCAGGUACAUUGCAACGGUGGCUAUAGUAUCGCUAAUGAAACAUCAUCCAGAAGAAGUGACCGAGCAUCUUUUGUCUCAACCGUUACCAUUGGAUCCGGGUACCGCAUUGUGCUGGAAAGAAAUUGGCAAUAAUGACUUUCUUGGAUCCCGAGCUUUGGAUAUGCUACUGAUAAAACUCGAGGCCAACAGUCUAUUCUCCGAGAUUGCUGUUCCACCCGCGCACACCGGACGGAAUAAUACCGCAUCUCUCCCGUCCUUGGCGGCUAUGGUGGGCUUGAAGCAUCUUCUAGAAUCGCCACACGUGGAAAGCUUGAUUACCAGCAAGCAAUUAGCGGGACUGUUAUCGGUUCUCCUCAAAUAUCUUUCGGGCUGGCUGCACGUUGACGCUCCCGCGUCGUUGAUUAAUACGAAGUACGGAUACGUGCCGAAUCGAGCGGCGCAGAAGAUCAGUCCGCACACGGAAGUGUACUCUAUAUUGACCAACGUAUUAGUAAUCGUCCAGCCGAACGCCGCAUCCAACUUGCCGAUAGAAACAGCAUUUGCUUCCGAAACGCAAGCCGAGGAGAGCUUGAUAUCGACUGUACGAAUACUGAUGAAAUGUAUAUCGACUAGAAACGAAGUUCUAUCGAGCAUGACGCAAUCUUUGGGCAAACUGAUGACCAGCACGAUCGCCAUACAACGUGCGGUCGCCGCCACCUUCUACUCGGAAUUGAUUGGUAAAAUAGAUUGCGGAGCUAUAUGGCUUGAUGCUAUAAUUAAUACUCUGCACGAUGCCAAGGCCGAUUCAUCGUCCUUAGUGCGAAAGCUCGCUACCAUCGGACUCGCUAGGAUAGCCUACUUGGACCCAAGACAGGUCGAUGAGUAUUUCGACAAUUGCAUGGAUGCCUUACUCGAUGGAUUGGAGGAGACCGCCGGUGGGGAAGGCGGUGCUGAAGUAGUACUCGAGUCGUUACGCGGUCUCUCGGUGCUGUUAUCGGUGCAGUACAAGAGACCUAUCAGCACGCGAGUGGUGUUGGCCUUGAAGCCGUUUAUCGAGAAAGAAAACUGGGAGAUGAAACUUGCUGCCAUAGGCGCUCUGGGUGCGAUCGCUACCAAUUGGCGGAGAUCAAUCGCAUUGCCGAAUGAUGAUCUGAUCGAUCAUCUUAUGGGCUGUUUGCCGUCUCUGAUAAUAAGACUGGAAGACUCGAAUAUAACAGUAGUUAAGACUGCACAGGAAACCUUAUGUAAAACUAUAAGUAUCGUGCAGAACGAGAGACUGUCGUAUGUGACACAUACUAAUUUGGGACCACAAGCAAAGUUCAACUUCGACGAUUUUUCCAAGGACUUGAUUAACUGUUUGAAAGAUGAAUUUCCACAGAGAGCGGAAGAGCUAAGAAACGCCGUUGUUCGCGGAUACUCCAGAUCGGAGAAUUAUCACACCAGAGCCACGUCCGCGCUGCUCUUAGGAUUAUUCGAUUCACCGAGGCCCGAGGAUAUACAAAGACUGUUACAACUCCUACGUGAUAAAGAAAGCGUUGUAAGAAUACGCGCUUCGCAAGCCCUUUCAUUCUGCUUUACCUUAACGUAGGCAAUGCCUCGUCGAUUCGUUUUUUGAGAAGUUUUUUUUACUUCGAGAUUUCUAAAUCUUUUCUAGAAUUGUUUUUAUUCUUGUGAUACACUGUAGAUUUGUAAAAGUCGAUUUAUCCACUGGCCAUAUUGUUGCAACUUAUAAAAUUUUAUUGUAAUUAUUAUUGUUUUAUUAGGUAGAAUGUAAAUAUGCAAUUGAUUUAUUAGGAUUAUGUGGCAAGACAUUGCAAAUAAGAUGCUGCACUAUUACUAUUAAUUAGUUAAUUGAUAGGUGACUGUCUUUUCUAUUGGCACUCCAUACGCAAAGUACGGUCUAUAUCCUGUAUACGAUGAAGGUAACUUGUCAUAAAUAAUACUUAAUUUAUUUUCAUUGAUUAAUUUCCUUAUCGCGUGCACUUCUUCUGGUAUCUCUUUGGCUGCAUCUGACUCACUGUAGGAGUAUUUUAAAAUUAUUUAACCAUAUAAAAAUAUUUAUCACUACGAAAAAGAUAACAUUUAUAACUGCCUUAAGAACGUGGCUCUUUCUUUUCGAGUUUUAUCCUUCUUAUAAUAGCAAGUAUCGUCCGUGAGAAAAGAACGAUUUUGCAUGCUGUCCCAUUUCCUAGCAGCUCCUUGAAAUCUCGCCGGCAAACGAGUUAUUAUUUCUUGAUUAGUCAACUAUAAAUUAUGUGAUCGAUCUGUUUGAUUGUUAUGGAACGUAAAAGUUUACAAUAUGGUGUAGUAGAGUAAUACGGGUUUAUCUUGCUCCUCUACGUGUCUCUUCGAUAAGCAAAGACAUUGUUUAAAGUCGCCCCAAACUUCCCUCGCCGUUUGACCCGUCGUUGUUUUAUAUAUAAAGUCGAUCAAUAAUUUUCUCUUAUCUUUAUCCCGUACGUCAUCUAAGCUUACACUCGGCACCAUAUACUUUCUUGGCCUUUCUCUAAAUCGAGAUUAAAAUUCGAGGAAUUUACGUACAAAUACGUGUAUACGGAAUCGAGUACACAUAUGUGUGGAAAUUAGUUGAUUUUGUUACAGAUCAUUACUCGAUUGUGCUCUCCAGAUAUUCGUCUCCAAGAAUAUGUCUUUUCUCCGUCGCUUUUACAUUAAUACCGAUCAUACCCUUCGGCUCCCACAGUGUAUUGAAUGCAGGGCAUUUUGCAAGGCUGAGUCGUUCCAAAGUAUCGUGUGCCGUAAUCGAGCGUUGCGGUUGCGAUAACGCUGCCGAUUUCAUCCUUGCAAAAACAAAUCUCCGUAUCUACCGAAAUAUCAGACACCUGGUACUAGACUUUUAAAACUGAUACAUUAAUUAUGGCAGAUGUAAUGCUACUAUUUAUAUAUAUCUGAUUUAUAUAUGAUCUUGAUAUGAAUGGAAAAUAUCUGGUUUGCAUAGUCGGUGAAUGACGGAUUUAAAAAUAGACGUAAUGUUUAAGACAUCGGUUAUACAGAGGGCAGUCUACGUAGCUGUGAAAACGGCAAUUGUUUCAGCGUGUUGCACACACACACACGGAAUUCGUACAUUUGUAUAGAAAUAGUACCAAUAGUAAUACAUAUGUGUGAUGAUGUACAAUUAGAACAAAGUUAUGUAAAAAAUGUUUCAAAUUUUUAAUAUAUAUUCUUGACAACUU